GCAUGUCAAAACCUUCACAUUGGAUGCUUCCUUUUCACUUGAAAUUCCACAACCACAGAUUACUCACUGGAUCCUCCUGGGUGUCGUUUGAUUUGGGAGUUUGCACAAAGCCUCUGAUAGGUUAAAACCGUUUAGUUCCACUUUCAUUGAAAGCAAAACAGUUUUCAUGUUUCACAAUCCUGUUCUACUCCUCUGGGAUUUGUCUCAUGUGUUCUGGAGACAUUAAGAAAGCUGCAUUGUGAUGUACAUUAACUUCCAAAUUUCACAGCAGAUUGUAAAAUAAUUUCCUGUCAGUCUCGGACUAGCUUGGUUAAAAAUUGAUUUCUGUAAAAAUUAUAGUUCUACUGAAUCUGAAAGGCACACUGUGUUUGUGUUGUGAUUCAGCAAAUGCUCUAAUUACCCUGCUUCACCUAACCUUGUGUGACGUAUGCAUUCAUAGUCAAUGCAAAUAAAUACCCUGCUUUGCUAAGGCGUUUAAUAAAACUCUUUAUGAAGUUGUUUCUUUGAUAAAUGGUAUUUUAUCAAGAAGAGGCUGUAAAGAAGGAAAUAUUUGAGUCUUAGGAAACAUAUAAGGAAGUCUGCACAUGCACGCACUUCGAAAGAAUGUUAACCUGAGGGCAGAUCUUCUUAGGAAGUGUAAUGCAUGGGACUGCAUUGAAAAGGACGGCUUUAAAAGGCAGAGGUGGAGCAAACCUCAUUAAGUACAGCAGAAACUCGGCAGCGAUCAGUUCCAGCGCUUCUAACAAGUGAGUUUUAAUACUAUUGUGUUGUAUAAUGAUAAUACAUGUGUGUUUUUAUGGGUUAUACUGGAAAAACAUUUCACAUUUAGGUAAUGGAUCUGUCUUUUUCCUUUACAGUUCUCUUUGAAGGAAUUUGUCACACUUUUAUCCUGGAACCAACCAUGUCUCCAAACGUAGAGCUGGAGUGCGUUGUGUGCUUCAACGAGUUCUCUCGCAGAAGCCGGGUCCCACGGGUUCUGCACUGCAACCACACCUUCUGCGCUCCUUGUUUGGAGAAAAUGUCCAAGCUCCACAAUGGCAUCUACACUGUCUCCUGCCCUCUGUGCUGCUGGAUCACCUGCAUCCUGGCCACCAUGAAGCUGUCUGGAGCUCUGUGGGUCAACACUGAGAUCUGGGACCAACUGUCAGAAAAGCAGGAUUCACUAAAAGAUUUAAAAAGUACAAAGACCCAACUCAUCAUGCCAGCACACUCUGGUUUAAGGCGGACUAUUCACACAUCUGGUUUCAAGACAAGAGUCCAGAAACUGUUCACAUGAGUAUUGUUUAACUCGGAAGAUGAUUCAACAUUUAAUUUUAAUGAUAAUUUAUUUGUAACUAAUAUUUUGAAUAUUUAAAUAAUUGUUUUUGUAAAGACUAACUCAUGUUUGUGUUCUGCCACCUGCCAUGUAUGUGUGUUUAUGGUGCAAACUUUGUCUUUGUGUGCACUCAUUUUUUUAAUAUUUAU